CUGCCCGCUAGACGUGAAAUAUCUUUUAAGCUUCAAAAACACGAUUUCGCUCAUUUUAAUUCUAACUUUGUUGCUAAAUUCAGUUAAUGUAGUUCAAUUCAUAUAUUUAGAAAAAUCAAAGUGUGAUAUUAGUUUUAUCAUUGUGCAGAACAUUUCUUAAAUUUGAAUCCGAUUUCCUAGCUUAAUCUUAGGAAAACUCCAAGGAAUUUCCACAUUUUACUUUUAUUACCUUAUUAAAAUCAACAAAGAAAGCCGUUUAUAUAUUCGAAAGUGAUUAUUCAGUGAGAAACAAUGAAAUUCAAGGUGAUUAAAAUGUUUUAUUGUGAGUUCAAAUAUGACUAUGGACGAAUUACCGGGCUAGAAUGAGAUGUGUGGAAAUAAAAUGACAAUGUAUAUUUCGAAAUUAAGCACGCAAUUUUUUUUGAAAUGGUGUUGGGGCAAAGGGUGGUUCGGCUUAAAAAGAAAUAACAUCGCAGGAUAAAUGACGUGCAAGUGAUAGAUAUAUAUUUUUUUUUUUAAUUAUCACCACGAAGACAAGAUGAAUUCAUUUAACGCGCCGACAACGCAAAUUAAUGCGAUUGAUAAAGUAACGACUGUUAAAUGUAAAUCAGUGGACUUAGAAGGAUAUGUUAUCAUCGUUGUGCAGACCAAGAAUAACAAAAUAAAACUCUAUGGUUCACCAUCAGCCGGUAACAUGGACAACCUGGAGCUGGCUGACGAGAUCAUGGACGUCAACGAAACCAAAUUAGAAGAUAUGUCUCGAACUGAAGUGCUGAGCCAUAUUCAUGAGUGUAUAUCGUCGUGUGUUAUCAAACUACGGGUAAAGAGAAGAAGUGAGACUAAACUAUUAUCAGAGAUCGGGCACAACAUCAUCCAGGAUGCGUUCCUCAUCGCGGUGGAGGAGCAGGCUCGCCAGCGGCUACAGAGGCUUUCGGCGCUCAACAGGAUCACGCCUGUUGAUAUGACCAAGUUAUCCGUUGAGCUCAACCGUAAGAAGAAAUCCUCACCAGAGAAUCACCAAGAGCUGAACGGCUACAUCGCCAACUCCACCGUCUAUGUCACCUCCAUCAACGAAAACGGUGCCAUAGACACAAAACCCGCGAUCUCCUCGCCAAAGUCGCAGCCAAAAACCCUCCCGGCGCUUCCGGCCCCGAUCCUGACCAACGGUGUGACAAACAAAGGUGACAGUGAAGUGAUAAGUGAUAGUGAGUUUAGUGUAAAGGAUCACCUGAGUAACGGAAGGUGUGAGAAGCUGUUGGGUGAACAGCCUGACCUUCGGCCGAGGAUUGUUGAAAAUAAAUUGGCGGCAGGAGAAAGACCUCGGCGUCGCUCGGGCUCCAGUAUCGUAGUGGUUGGCGCCGACGACGAGAAACGACCGCCGGAUGACGCGGCAGAUAUGCUCACGAUGUUGUCGCUCUCUUCUGACACCGGCCCUCACCGCGAGAUGGCAGUCGACGUACCGGACAGUUUCAUCGCGAGGAACAAGAGUCCGCCCCGCUACCCACCCCCCCGGCCGCCGCAGGUACGGGCCCGCACUAGGGACGAGGAACCUCUCCUCUCCUCAGAGGGAUCCGGCACCUCAUUCGGCAGCAAACACAGCACUAUCCUCCAGAGCAUAGACACCUCAGGCCCUAGCUCGGACGGUUCCGGAAGCUUCAAGAACAACAGCACGAUUGAGUUGCUUUCGUUGCCACAGUCAGAUGGCUCCGGUGUUAGUUUUAACAGCAAAAAGAGCAAGACAUCAUCAGAGACUGCCAAAUGCGAUCUUCUAUCAGAAUCAGGCUCCGUUGCUUCGACAAACACCCACAAUUUGAGCGAUCACAAAAUACAAUUGCUUAUAUCCAACGAGGACUCUUUGUUAGAUGGUGUGACUUAUUCAGCCCGGACUGAUUCUGUACUGAUAAGGGAAGCUGUUUAUGCGUCUUAUAAGUUGCCUCCAGGUUUCGAUACGACACCAGUGUUGUUAGGGCGAGAAGUCCCGGUCGAUGUGCCUGAAAGCUUUGUGCAAAUUGUGAAAACUACGCCCAAGUAUCCCGGCACUGUGGACAGAAAGAGUAUGCUGUUUCAGCAGAUGAAUGGAACCGCGAAGGGAGUCGCACCAGCUGUGCCUCCCAGAGAAGUGGCGAGAGACGCGCCGCCCAGACCUCCAGCCCAUGACGUCACCAAGGAGCAGAUGGACUCCAUCAAGAAGUAUCAGGAGCAACUCAGACAGAGGAAAGAAGCAGAAGAGAGGAUCGCAGCCCAGAAUGAGUUCCUCCGCAACUCCCUGCGAGGCUCUCACAAGCUGCAGGCGUUGGAGGCCAAUGCACCCUCCACAACCUCCUUCGUCAACGAGGCCUACGAGGAAGACAUUGCUGAUGAGGUGUCACAACUCUACGCCCUCGUUGAUUACCAGGAAGUUUGCGCGGCGUUGUCGCGGGUGCAGAAGGCACUGGGGGCCGCGGGGGAGGCGGGUCUUGCGGGACGAGUGAGCGGCGCGGCGGUGGCACUACUGUGUCCUGGUCUGCGGACUGCCCUGGCCACCAGGUCGGCGGUGCUGACAGCGACCAGGUACCAACGACCUGGUCUGCAGCCCCCGCACACCCAGCGAGCUGCUGAUAGGUUAAAGGACUGUAUAGAUGUACUAGGAGCACAUUCGUGUUCAGGCGGUGAAACGUCUGCGUUAGCGGCGGAGCUGCUGUCGAUACUAGGCGGGCUGGAGCUAGAGAACUUGCUGCAGGCGCACGACCAAGCAGCAGUCAUCUUGGAUCCUUCUGCCUUCUCUAGAGAGAAAAGAAAUAAGACUGGUAAUCACAGGGCUGAUGAGAAGUCUCAGUCGACUAGUUCUCCUGACGAUUCGAGUGACAAUAUUAAAAUUAUCAAAAUAGAAAAAACUAAUGAACCUCUUGGUGCUACAGUGAGGAACGAAGGAGAAGCGGUAAUCAUCGGUAGGAUAGUACGGGGUGGUGCGGCCGAGAAGUCAGGGCUGCUGCAUGAGGGAGACGAGCUGCUGGAAGUGAACGGUGUCUGUAUGCGCGGCAAGUCAGUGCACGAAGUGUGCCAGCUGCUUGGUGGUCUGGCGGGCACCCUCAGCCUGCUGGUAGCAGGGCGGGCUCGUGCACGAGAGAGGCCCCCAGCUCGCGUGCUUCACGUGCGAGCGCACUUCGACUACGACCCUGAAGACGACGUCUACAUACCCUGCAGGGAACUAGGAAUAAGCUUCCAGAAAGGAGACGUGUUACACGUGAUCAGCCGCGAUGAUCCGAACUGGUGGCAGGCCUUCCGCGAAGGGGAGGAGGAUCAGACGUUGGCUGGUCUCAUACCUAGUCAAGCCUUCCAGCAUCAACGUGAGUCAAUGAAGCUUACUCUGGCGGGAGAAGUAGCUGCUAGAGACAAGCCCAGAAAGGGUGGCACUCUACUCUGUGCUAAGAAACCCCCGCGGAAGAAGAAAGGGAAGAAGGCGACCAGCGAGGCUGGCUACCCACUCUACUCUACCGCUGGGGCUGAUGAAGUGGAGCAGGAAGAGAUCCUUACGUACGAGGAGGUGGCGUUGUACUACCCACGUGCAUCCCAUAAGCGACCCAUCGUUCUCAUCGGACCCCCCAACAUUGGAAGGCAUGAGCUCCGCCAGCGACUCAUGGAAGACACCGCCAGAUUCGCUGCGGCCGUACCACAUACUUCCCGACCUCGCAAGGACCACGAAGUACCCGGACAGGACUACCACUUUAUAUCGCGCACGCAGUUCGAAGCAGACAUAUUAAACAGGAAGUUUGUGGAGCAUGGCGAAUAUGAGAAAGCAUAUUACGGAACAUCCCUAGAAGCGAUAAGAGAAGUGGUGAGUUCGGGGAAAAUUUGCGUUCUUAACCUUCAUCCUCAAUCACUCAAGAUUCUAAGGAAUUCGGACCUGAAGCCUUACACGGUGUUUGUGGCGCCACCUAGCUUAGAGAAACUUCGACAGAAAAAAAUUAGAAACGGAGAGGCGUUUAAGGAAGAGGAAUUGAAGGAAAUAAUAGCGACAGCUCGCGAUAUGGAGCUGAGAUGGGGUCACCUGUUCGACAUGAUCAUCAUUAACAAUGAUACCCAACGUGCCUACCAACAGCUGUUGAACGAAAUCAACAGCUUGGAACGUGAGCCGCAAUGGGUUCCCGCACACUGGCUCAAGCAGACCUAGCGACCGUUCCCCUCGACCGCUGGCCGACAACUGACGCUGUCGCUAACGCGUACCGCCGGACGUGACGUAAGCGAAACGCAAAGCUUAUACAAAUUCGUUGCUGUCAUCGCAAUUGUGGCGCAAACGAUCAUUCAUCUGUGUCAACAAGUCAUAGGAGCUGUUGACAGAGAGUUUAGUCUAUGGUUCAGUGCAACGGUAGACAGAGUGUUUCCGGACUUGGAUUCAUAUAGCCCAUUUGAACGCGGCGUUACAUAGCGUGAUUGUAUUUCGACCGAUUAUUGAUGAAAUUUGCGAUUUGAACAUUCCUUUAGAUUUUAUAUUGUACUAAUUAUAUUUUUUGUGAAAUUUGUGUCACGUUAGUUUGGCGUUAUGGUAAUGCACUGGCAAUAAUAAAACUAUAGGAUGGGAGUGGUGAAUUGUAAAAUUAUUGGAUAUCGUAUUUAUAUCUAUUAGUUUUCUUAGAACCAAUAGUACGAUACUUACUGCCUUAAAACAUUAGAUUUCAUAGAUAUUUGUUAAAAUUAGAAUGUUUCGAUAAAAUAUGAUCUUAUGAAACACUUUAGGAGCGAUAUUGAAUCAUUAUUAUUAACAUUAGUUUCAAAUAAUACGUAAUUUCAUUAAAUUAUUUUCAAUUAAUGUAUAUGUGUCGCACAUUUUUAAUAAACCUCGUUUCCCAUUAAAUAUAAAAUGAAGGACAAAUUGAAUAACUCAAUUAAAUCAAAAUAUUACUGUAACCUUAGAAGUUUUUGAGAUUCUCCUGUAGUAUUUUGGAGUUGUAAUAACUCAGUAGAUUUUAAAUAAUAACAACUAUAUUGGGAUAUUUAAAUCAGCUAUAAUAGUGGGUAGAGAUGCGAUGUUUUUAAACUUUGUAAUACACAUUGACAUAUCCGUUUUAUAGUCUACAAUCUACAUUUAACCUUUACAGUUAUAAUACAAGUUCGUUGUUAUCGUGGGAUACCUACAUAGGGCAAAUAAGCCAUUAAAUUCAGCCAUUUUGCAUGAUUUGACACAUUAAAAUAUCUUUUUUAUUAGGGUCUAUUUUAUAUGCUGUCAGCUUUAAUAAAUUAAAUUAAAAUGUUAUAUUAACAAUCAGUGGUUUAUAAUUUUACUAAAUAUUUACACAAAAUCUGUAAACGCAGCUUCUAUUAUGCUUUUUAUGGCUAUGGUUAUACUAUAUGGUAAAAAUCUGAAUUAUUGCAAAGAGAGUAAUCUUAUUUCAAAAUUCUUUCUUUCGCCAAAUUAUAUUUCAGUUAUUUCUUUUAUAUAUUUUUGUUUUAAUCGGAUAACAUUGUAUUAUAAAAGUUUUUUUUAAAUUCAUGCGAUAACUAUAUAAAAUGAAUUAGCUUCUUUGUGCCAAGUGUUUGUAAUUGUUGCCAAUUACACAAGUUGAUUCCUACAAAAAUCUUUUUGAAUAUUUUAUCAAGUAUAGGUAGGUAUGUAUUUGGAUUUUGUUUUGAGACAUUAUAGAAGUAGUUAGGCGUUACGUGUAUUCCAAAUAAUUCAGUGCCAAAUAUGGACCACAUGUAGUGGCUUCUUAUCACUAACGAUAAAAUUAUUGACAACUUUACAAUUCAUUUAAUCGCCGAUAUUAAUUAUGAAACACACAAUUAAAAAAUAUAAUUCAAAAUUAUUAACUUGAUUAUCUGGCGGGAAAUAAAUUUAAGUUGACAUGUGUCAAUACGAUAUUUUACGUCAUAUUGAAAUAUUAUUUACAAUAAUUAUUAUUGACUUAUUAAAGUCUCGUACAGUAUAUGAUUUUGAUAAUUGGAUGUAGUUCCUGAAAAAAGGUUCCAAGCCACAACCGUCACAUUUUAAGGAAUUGGGCAACUUAGUCAUUAUGUCAUUUAAAGAGUGACAGUAGGGCAACCAUUUUUUGUCAGACCGUUAAUAUGAAUCACGUGACCAGGAACUCAUAACUAAUAACUAAAUUUCGACAUGAUUUUGGUUUGGAACGUUUUUCUGGAAUUACGUCGAAUUGAUUAGAAUCUUCUAAAUAUUAUUAAAAUCGCUAAUAAUAUUGUUAUUUUGGAAUUAAAUGUCACAUUUUUGUAUUAUUUUGAUGUGUAUAAUUAAUAUCAGGCGAGAAAAAUCAUUUAUAAUCAUGUAUUAUAUUAUAAUCUUCAUGUUUGUUUACAAAUGAAUGAUCGUGAAAUUUUUAUAUGGUAUUGUGUUAAUGUAAGUUUGGGUAUGUUGUGGCAGCCCGGGAGGUGCUAACUUAGUAUAUUGUGUUGUUUUGUGUUAACGGUUGAAUGUGUCCAUUUAGAAAUGUUUUUUGGUUCGACAUGUAGUUACAAUGUUAUUAAAAAACCGUAUAUACCAGACGGAGGCUCCUAUGUUCACCAGUGGGAGGCUCCUUUGCACAGGAUGCCGGCUAGAUUGUGGAUACCACAACGGCACCUAUUUCUACCAUGAAGCAGUAAUGCGUAAGCAUUACUGUGUUUCGGUCUGACAAGGGCGCCGUAGCUAGUGAAAUUACUAGCCAAAUGAGACUUAACAUCUUAUGUCUCGAGGUGAUGAGCGCUAUUGUAUUGACGCUCAGAAUUUUUGUGUUUUUCAAGAAUCCCGAGUGGUACUAUAUUGUUAUGGGCAGGGCGUAUCAAAUACCAUCAACUGAACGUCUCGUCCCUUAAUUUCAUAAAAAAAUUUAGAAAAACCAGCUCCUUCUUGAAAAAGAAUACCUAUACAAUGAUAUUGCUGAUGCCACCAGUCAACGUAGAGAUGUGCCGUGUUUGUAUCGAUAAUUUUUAAAUAAUUAAACAAAAUUAGGUACUACUACAACUAUUAUUAUAUUUGCGGUUUAUAAAAUAUUAUUUUAUACGUCAAUUUUAAAUAAUUGUAAAACCCACUAAAAUUCGUCAUCAAGUUCUUGAAGAUCUAUAAAGUCCCAGUACUAUUAUUAAUCGUUUAAUAUUAAUAUAACAUUUUCAUAUUCAACUAUUAAUCAGAGUUCACAUUUCAUGACGAUCUGUCUGUUCCAAUAGAUAUUUCAAUAAAUGGACACAAUUCAAUCCAUCGCGUAUUUGUUUAACUUCACAGUAUUGAAUUAUAUAAUUUAUAAAUAGUCAUGUAUAUAAAAUUUAUUGACAAAAAAUUGAAUAAUAAAUUUAUUAUAAAUACCAUGUUAAUAGAGAACAAUUUAAUGUAAAUAAUAGAAUAUACCUAUUAAAUUUAAUAUCAGAUACAAUAA